AUGUACCUCUGGUGCUACCACAGGGUCCUGCGCGGUGACCACCACACCGUUGCCCAUAUGCACGGGUGGCCUAAUGGUGGGUCCCUGCCUUGUCUCAUCAUUGCCGACAACGUCUACCUCAAGCCCCGUACAGACAACGACAGAGGGGACAACAGUCGCCUCCUCAACUUUGCCAAUCUGCACCGGUGGUGCAUUGUCGGAGCCAUGCAGAGUUCUGCCACUGCCUACAAAGAACUCGACCUCUGCAUCAUCACUACCACUGUGUACCGGAGGCCCGAUGACAGAGCCUUGUCGGGUCCCACCACUCGGCAACAUCAGCAGCAGCAACAGUAA